AUUUAUUUAUUUUUUAAUGCUAAAUGAUUUGGCACUAUUAUUAGGCGUUUUAAAGCACAACAUAUGUGCUGCUUAAAAAAAAUAAAAAAAUAAAUAAAUAACAUGUGCUGAGAUUAGUCAAUGUUACUGUAAAUGGUACUACACUUUUCACAUGCAGCACAGUCAGCAAAUUUUGUUUUAAGCACCAUCCAGGCCAAAAGGUGCUUUACAAAAUUAAAGCACGUACUAGUGCUUCAAUGUAUAAAUUGAUUAUUGAGGUUGGGCAGUUUAGAGAGAGCGGAAAAAAAAAACUCGCUAAGCUUAGCUUGAAAAUUGAAAUACUCCCAUUAUUUAUUGUAUUAUUCUCUCCUACUUAUCAAUUUUCGUACACAUAUAUAUAUAUAUAUACAGAAGAUUAGAUAGGGAUGGCGAGAUACUAUGUUGUGGCGGAUGAUGGUAGCGCAGGCAGUAGUAGUUUUGGUUUAAUGAUGAUGUUUUGGACGGUUGUUAUGUCUGCCAUAAUAAUAAUUCCUAUGCUCAUUUUUGGUUGUGGAGACUGUGACGACGUGGAUGAUGGCAACGCAGCAGCGCAGCGGGACAUUCCGGCGGAGCAGGCGCGAUAUCAGCCACGGCCGGAUCAGCUUCUAUUGUUGGAGGCGGAGGCGGCGGUUGUUAAAUAUAGUGGUAGGGGAGGAAGGGUUCGGAGGGACUAUCCUCCAAGGUCAGGUCAGAGCCUCAGAGGACAUAAAAUUAAAGGAGCAACUAAUAACCCUCCUUCAACACAUCUUUGGAUGGGAAUGAAACCUCUCUCACAGUUUAACUCAAAGUACUUUCACUAAUCAUGCAUCUCCUGCGUUUUGGGGAGCUUCACAGUUUAUUGUAUCAGUUGGUUUGAAUAUAUAGGUGAUUGCAUAA